AUGGAGAGCAAUAAGGAAGACGCAAUAAAAUGUCUAUCUAUUGCAAGGAAAUCUAUUGAGUUAGCCAAUUUGGAGAAAGCACAACGUUUUGUUGAAAAAUCGAUCCGUUUAUACCCAACUCCUGAGGCGGAACAACUGCUGACGAAUUUAAAAAAUGGAAGAUAUGCGACUGCUUCGUCUAGAUCAGCAGCAGCAUCGUCGACAAAGAACCAUAAAGCAUCAACGAGCACACUUGGAUCAACUGAUACAUCAUCGGAUCAAAGAAAUUAUACUGCUGAGCAGGUGAAAGCAGUGAAAGAAGUACUGGCUUAUAGUAAAGAUUACUAUAAAGUACUCUCCGUAGAAAAGACAGCCACCGAUGCACAGCUGAAAAAAGCUUAUAGAAAGAAAGCUCUACUAUUCCACCCAGAUAAAAAUAGUGCGCCUGGAGCAGACGAAGCCUUCAAACUGGUUGCAAAGGCCUAUGAUAUCUUGUCAGAUCCACAAAAAAGAGCUAUACAUGAUGAAGGCGGUGAUCUAGACAACAGUAGUCGCGGUAGAUCAUCAUCAUAUCAGCAAUACCACGCAUACAAUUCAUCGUAUGGACAAGAUAUAUCACCUGAAGACUUAUUUAAUAUGUUUUUCGGUGGUGGAGUCAGAACAUCUAAUUUUGGACCUGGUGCAGGAUAUAGAUACCAACAACAGCAAUUCAGGCAACGCCAUCCGUUUUAUAAUAAUAGGCAACAGCGUAGGCAACAGCAAUAUAACAAUCACCAGCAUCAGCAGGAGAGUACCUUUUCUAUCGGAAUGCUUUCUCAAUUUUUACCUAUUAUUUUACUCUUUUUACUUGCCAUCUUCUCUCUGAUUUUCUCCUUCGAAAGCGAGCCCCUUUAUACCUUCCGUCCCCAAGGAAGCAACGUACAAUUAAGAUCUACACAAGCUAAUAAUAUCAAAUAUUAUGUGAAUCCAAAAUCGUUUGCCCAAUAUGUAAACCAGAAUGCAUGGAAAUUUCAGAGAACAGAACGGCAGAUCGAAUCAGCUUGGGUAGAUGAGUUAAGGUUGGCAUGUCAACAAGAGCAAAGACAGAGAGCGAAUUUAAUGGCACAAGCAGACGGCAUCAUAUUCGGAGUGGGUCGAAAUGAAAAAGCAUACCGACAAGCAGAGAAAAUGCAGUUGAAGCACUGUGAAGAGUUGAGAAGGCUCGCACCUAAAAUAAGAGGUUAA